GUCGAGAAUCCGCGGAUUGGUGUUGAUACUCCUGAUUAUAAACCCGUUUUUCUCCCUGAUUUCUACCCGUGUCGUUCUGUUUUGCGACAGAUUCCACACACGGGAAAAGGGAAGCAAGCCUGGCAUCGUCCUCGGAGUCCGAAGACGGUGGAGUUUCGUCCCCACCGCGGAAAAAGCAGCGUUUAUCCGACACUAUGCAGGCCAAUGGCUGCCCUCAGCACAAUGGCGAUACUGGAGAAAGUUCUUCCCAAAUCACUAACGGAGCUUGCUCCGUUGAUGCCGUGAACGGUGAUGCAGGCCACUCUGCUGGUGGCCAAAAAGACAUGUCCCAGACAGACCAGGAUAUUGUGCGAUUGAUAGGACAGCAUCUGAAAGAAAUGGGACUUGAGCGCACAGUUGAACAGCUGAUGACAGAGUCGGGAUGCAUGCUGGAACAUCCUGCUGCUGCUAAAUUCCGAUCUCAUGUGAUGGAUGGAGAAUGGGAUAAGUCCGAUGUCGAUUUGAAUGAGCUGAAGGCUCUGGUAGAGUCGCAGCAAGGCAUUUUGAGGAUGAAGUUUCUGUUGCUUGAACAGAAAUACCUUGAGUUGUUGGAGGAUGGGAAACUACUGGAAGCAUUGCACUGUCUGCGUAAUGAGCUCUCUCCUCUGAAGUAUAAUACAGAAAGAGUGCACGAACUUAGUUCGUUCAUGAUGUGCAGUAAUUCAGAUGAUCUUAAAGAAUCCGCUGAUUGGGAAGGAAAAGGCAUAUCGUCUAGGUCGAAAUUGGUAGAGAAAUUACAGUCUUUUCUGCCUCCCACAAUUAUGUUGCCGCCGCGGCGUCUUCAGACCCUAUUGAACCAAGCAGUCGAGUUACAGAAAGACCAAUGUCCAUAUCAUAAUACCAAGUAUGAUGCUGAGUCAGUGUCAUUGCUGGUUGACCAUGUCUGCAGUAGGGAACAAUUUCCAUGUGGUACUCUCCAGAUUCUUAACGACCAUUGUGAUGAAGUGCUGUUUGUCAGUUUUUCACCAGAUGGCACCAAGUUGGCCACUGGAUCAAAAGAUGGGACGCUCAUUGUAUGGGAAGUGGAUCACCAAACAAAAGAACUAAGGCACCACCGAACAUUUGAAGGCCACUCUUAUGGUGUUUCAUAUAUAGCUUGGAGUCCUGAUAACGUCUAUAUCAUAGCUUGUGGGCCAGACGACUGCUCAGAACUGUGGCUGUGGAAUGUUGAUAAUGGAGAUUUACGGGUGAAGAUGAGCCAGUCUCCUGAAGACAGUCUAACCUGUGUGGCAUGGCAUGUCGACAGUAAGAAAUUUGUGACUGGUGGAACGCGAGGGCAGUUUUACCAAUGUGAUCUUGAUGGCAAUGUGUUGGACUCCUGGGAAGGGGUCAGGGUGCAGUGUCUAGCCUGUCAAAAAGACGGAAAGACUGUUUUCGCAGCUGAUACACAUCGGCGAAUAAGAGGGUACAACUUCGAUGAAUUAACUGAUUUCCACGUAAUUCAAGAAGAUCACCCCAUAAUGUCUUUCACAAUCAACGAUACGGGAAGAUUAGCACUUUUAAAUGUAGCAACUCAGGGUGUGCACUUAUGGGAUCUGAAGGAUCGCUGCUUAAUAAGGAAAUACCAGGGUGUGACACAGGGGUUUUAUACAAUACACUCAUGUUUUGGGGGAAUGAAUCAAGAUUUCAUUGCCAGUGGCAGUGAAGACCAUAAAGUAUAUAUCUGGCAUAGGAAGAAGGAGGUGCCAAUAGCGGUGCUAGAGGGUCAUACUCGCACAGUCAGUUGUGUCAAUUGGAACCCAACUCUACCUGGCAUGCUAGCCACUGCCUCGGACGAUGGCACGGUCAGAAUAUGGGGCCCACUUUCAUAUAGACAUAAAUCUAGUAAUAUCAUUGUUCCCACCUCUUCUUCCAGAUGUUAGUGACAACACAUCUGGGCGAAGUACCCCAGUAUAACCAAAACCACGGUAUUUAGCCUGAAGAAUCAUAGACUUAAGUCCUCAGUCAUAUUCCUGGCAGCGGAAACACUCAAAGCAGGAGGAGAUAAGUUAUGCAAUUGGUGGAAUAUCGAUGUUUUGCAUAAUCGUCGUGGACGUAGUGUUGAUCAGUCUCAGUCAUGAAUUCUGGAAAUCGUGGAUGUUACUAAUGAGAAUAAAAGAACUGAUUCUGUAGUGAUUGAAAUAUGCUACUGGAGUACACGUAGGAAUGUCAUGGAAGAAAAACUAACAACUGCUGUUUUGAUGGAAUGGCAGAUGAGAACUAUUAUAUGCAGAAAGAACAUUUCAAUGGAGUGGAGUUUAGUGGUAGCAGUGGUAGCAGUUGUUGUGUUUGGAUAUUUGAAGCUGAGGCUUCUAUAAUUAAAGGAAUGACCUGCAGUUGAUGCUGAAGUAGUUCAUAGAAAUGUGGGGUCGAGUUGUCUUGGAGAACAAUGCACUCUUCCCUGAAGGUAGUAAUCGUGGAAAGGCUGUGCCUUAGCUUGUGUAGUGGAUUUGAACAGAGAGUUUCAUUCAGUGUGUCCAGUGCAGUGUUUUCCACUAUUUUGAGUGCCAGAUACUUCGGAAAGACGAAAUGAGCCUUUCCAACCUUCAGUUCACCCAGAGCUCAAGAAUGAUAACAAAAAAGUGCUUGCAGUGCUCAGUUGCACUGAAAUUUCACCUUUUGGUGCAUACCGUUACCAGUGUUGGUUCUGUACUAGUAAAAAAAGGAGAAUCUGAAAAUAAUUUUUUGCCCAAAAUUUGUUAGAUUAGGCAAAUGUCAUCGGACAGAGUGGCCAGGUUGUGACUGAGGCCAGUUCCAUAAUUUAUUCAAAUGAACCAAAGUCACCAUCCAUACAUGUACACAUAUUUUGUCAUUCAAUUCAUUUUGCAUCCAUCAUAAUUUCUACAUGAUUUUACUGUAUAAACCAGUUUUACAUGUAAGGUAUGUCGUAGUAGAUUCUGAUGUUGAAAUGUACUGGAUGAAUGUUGUGAGUGACCAUUCUACUCUUGCUUAAUGCUACAUGUAGCUGAUGGGUUAGUGGUAGUCUUUUCAUCUGUCAUGGGAUGUUGUCACCUUUAUUCAAAAGCACAAUGCAGACAAGUGGUUUUUAUCGCAGCAACAAAAAUUGCUUGUCUGCAGGGUUGUUGCUGGUGCCUUCAAAUGCAAUGAUAAUCAAUCAUCAUUGCAACCUGCAAUCAAUGUCAAACCAGUUUGAUUAUAUUGCAGAUUAUUGCACGUCACUGCUAUAAAAAUCCCUUGUCUGCGCAGGUUUGAACUUUUUGUCCCGCCAAAUGAGCAGGAGUGACGGGAUGCAUUUUUUUAUAUCAUCUGAAACUGAAAGUUAUUUAUCUUCAUGUAUUUCCAUGAACAAAUAAGCGUUGGAUACAGGUGUGAUGGAAAGAUAACUUCUUUACCAAAGAAUUGAUUGAAAUCAAAGGAUUCUUCAGGGAUUCUAGAAAUUUUAUGAAUUGUAGAAAAACUAUUUAUAGAAAGAGAUAGUAUGGAAAAGAUUUAUAAAGCUACUUCAAAAUAAGCUAUACAAUAUAAUUGUAAAGAUGUUAUGUAGGGAGAUUGAUAUCGAAAUAGAGUAAAAGGUUUGGGUCUUUGUCAGUACUGUAAGCUCCGAAAUAUUGGCGUCUUGUGUAUUUUGCAUUUGCAGAUAAUUGCGAAAAAGAAAAUUUAAGUUAAAUUACUGUUACUGCGCCAUAAGUAUGAGUCUGACACACUUCUUAGAUGUUGAUGCUGUCGCAACUGACUCCUAGGUCAGCAGUACCAGGCUGCAUGCACUGACUCUGUACAUCAUGAAAGCGGUCAACUAGUCGGGCAUGUCUUAGUAAUGUAUGCAGGACCCCUAUAAUUGGAAAAAUCCACCAAUUAAAGUAAUUUAUUGAUACCAAAAUAUUGCAACCAUUUUAUCCUUCAUGAUACUUGAAGGAUGUAAAAACUGAUGUUGUGAGUGCUGAGGCCGAUGUCAUGUCAUAAAUGGUUCUUCUGUAAUAUUUUCUUAACGGGGACCAAGCCAGGACAAGGAUGCUGAAGUAAGGAGAAAUCUCUUCCGAACUCUUAACAGUCAGAUUGUUGGAGAAUCGCCUCAAAAAUACCAUGAAGGAAAACUUCUUAAUCUUACCAAAAAUUGCCCUCUGGCUUGAUUCCUGUCUGUAAUUGUGUUGGUACUGUUUUCAGUUGAUAUUUAUAUGGAAGCUGGUGAACAUGAUUCAAAGUACUAAAAGGCCUGAGUGAUGUGUAAAAGUAUCGUAUGUCUAUGAAAAUGAUUUGAAAUGUUUUAUGUACAUUUUUAUGACUAUGAGUUAAUUUAAACCAUUUUUCUGGUACAGAUGUGUUUUGUUUAGUGUUCAUUUAUUGGAGACAGAAUUUUUUGGUAGUUUGUAGAAUAUUUUAUACCCAAUAAGGAGAUUUUUCGGGCGACCCUGUCGCACAUGUAUUUGUCAAGUUGAUGCCAGCCUGUUCAAUAAUACAUCCAUGUGACGGAGGGUCCUCAAGCAUAAACAACUGUUUAGUUUCUUCACAUUGCGGAACUUGGCAAAUGUUGUACUGUAACCAUUUGGCAUAGGUGUCGGCUGGUUUUCCUAACACCAUUGAUCAGUUUUGCUAGUCCUUCAUUAGUUUCAUUCCAAUUUAUAGUAAAGGAUUUUGACUUGAUGCAGUCAGCAAUGAAAAACUACAGCUGCCUCACUUGAAUUUCUGGCAGUGCAGGCUCAUCUUUGUGUCUGCCAAACCACUUUAGACUUGGAUUGUUAUGUUACCUGCACACAGUAUUAAAAUAGGGAUUCAAAUUUUCUAACAAACAUACCCUCUCCCAAAUUGGACUUGUCAAUACUACCUGAAGACUUUGAUUUGGCAUGUGUUAUAAAGUACUCAACUGAUGACAUACAUAUGCACAACGCUCGUCAUUUCUUUAAAAAGGGAGUCUAGGGUAAGAACCAGGUACAUGUACAUGUAUGUCAGAUUAUAUUUCAUGAAGUUACCAAUAGGAGUAGAUUCUCAAUAUCAAAAUAAGGUUACAUGUAUUUUGCUGACUGCAUCGAGUCCAGAAUAUCUUGCUUUUCUUUCUCAUUUGUACAUUAGUUUAUGAAAUUCAUCCCCAUGUAUUUUAACACUGUAUGGUGAAACACCAAUGUCUCAUAAUAAAAUAUUUUAAAUUCGAAAA